AGAAACGUUUUCCACCAGUGUCUGAGCGAGGUGACUGAAGAGACGCACGGAAAAAAAAAAAGGCACAUGUCAGGAGAUCGCUUUAUCGAGGACUGAUUUACACCCGAACUCCAAAAGACGUGAAACCAGAAUAACCCUCUGAAGAUGAACACCUCCAGCAACAUCUCAUGCGACGGCAAGUGGAGUGCCGAUUUCCAGUUCUACCUGUUCCCCAUCACCUACAUCCUCGUGAUGGUGUUCGGUCUGCUGGGGAAUCUGGGAGCUCUUUACGUCUUCAUCUUCAAAACAGAGCACAAGUCCCCCUCCAGCGUUUACAUCAUCAGCCUUGCAGUGGCGGACACCAUUUUCCUGUGCGUCCUCCCCUUCCGCAUUCACUACCACCUCAACAACAACAACUGGACCUUCGGAAACACGGCGUGUCGCCUGACCGGUACGCUCUUCUUCUCCAACGUCUACAUCAGCAUCGCCUUCAUGAGCUGCAUUUGUGUGGACCGCUACCUUGCCACCGUCCAUCCCCACAUGUACCUGCGGCUCCGUAACACGCACUGUGCUGCGGCUGUCUCCGCCUGCCUCUGGGUGCUCGGAGGGACGACCAUUUUAACCUUCAUGUUCACAUCUCCGGAUAUGCAUACGACCGGGGCGCAGGUGAGCUGCUUCGAGAACUUUUCAGAGGACGAAUGGAAGACGAAUCUGGCUCCGUACAGCGCCUACAGCCUGGUAUUCGGCGCCUUGCUUCCCUCAAUCAUCAUCUUGGUGCUCUACCCGGUGGUGGCGCGUCGGAUCGCACGGAUCAAGACGCGAACAGCGCGCAAUGCCCUGAGGAUCAUCUACACCAUCCUGGCCAUCACAGUCCUCUGCUUCUUGCCCUACCACCUAGUGUACUUGCUGCACGUGCUGUGGCGAACUCAGGUCAUCCAUAACUGCUUGCUAGCUGACGUUAUCUACAAAGCGAGGCGUGUUACCAUGGCGCUGGUCAGCAUGAAUAGCCUACUCGACCCUGUGCUGUACUACUUCGCCACCAGCCACUGCAAGUGGACCUGCAAAUGGAACUUCAAUAAGCUGAAGCCAAAGAAGAAAAGAGGCGUCUACGCCAUCUCGGAGACUUUAUAAGCUCAAUGAAGAAACAAUCUCCAUUUGUCGAGAUGAGGAGGGGCGCCUAUGUGACUCAUACACCUUACGAGUAGCUUGGAAGGAGUUUUCUGGUGAAAUAUUCUACUGUUUGAAAUGAUAAUUGAUUGACCAGGGGCUGAAAACUGAAGGAAAAAUGUAUUUUUCAUUUUGUAAUCUUUGUACAUAAAACUCUUGUGUAUAUAGAACAAAAACCAAACAAAAGGAAACAAAAGCUCAAAUCCAAUGACUUUUGCAUACAAUCUUGUCUGUAUUUAUCUUGUUGCUGUUGGACGUUGAAAGCGUGAGUGAGUGGAAGGAAAGAGGAAAGAAAAAAAGUAACUAGAGCAGCAUUGUGCAGCGCUGCUUAGCCAAAAAUAGUUGUUUGGUUGAAUGGUUUACUUCUGGGUAAUGUUGUGUUCUUCUGUGCAUUUGACCACUGUGUACGUUACAGUUUGAAACAUGCUAGGAGCGGCAGCAGAGGUAGCAAUGUAACAUGUUUGCAACAGUUAAAAGGGCUGCUCUAGGAGGAUUUAUGCCCAGGGAGAAUGGUUGUGAAAUCCAAGGGAUGAGAACCACUGGAGUAAGGAACUUCACUGGGUAGAUGCUUAUAGACAGAAAUGCGUUUUUAAUCAGUACUUUGAAAAAGUCAGCCUUGGGUUACCAUCCAAUCAUACGCCGUGGCAAACCGAUCAAACUGUGACAUCAUAGCAACCAUGAAAACGUUAGUGAGGAGUUCAUUUGGUCAAUUUCCAAAAUGGCUGCCGAGUUUAUUCCUCAAUGGAAACAUUUAUACGCUGGUCGACGGAAAGGAAGAGUUAUGGAUGAUGACAGAACUGAAAAGAUGAGUUUUAGUUGUUGUUUUAUUAUUAUUAUUCUUUUUUUUUUAGCCAUCAUGCUGCGCAAUCUUAAGGUUUAAAUGAGAUGCUUAGGUUUUAAUCAGCGACUCUAAAUCACUGAAGUUGUGUAUGAAAUGAAACGGUGGAAUUCGUGUUUAUCUAGAAACUUCGUGUAAUCCGAUCUCUGUGGGUGCAAAAUAAAAAUGCAUUGUACGCUGUGCCUAAACUUUCGCCAGGUGGGCAUUUCUGUUGCCAUAGUUACCACAGCAAAUCAUAGCUGUGUAUAUAUAUAUAUAUA